AUGACUGUUUUAACAAAGCCUAGUGCUAUAGUGAGAAAGCCGGAGAUAACUAAUACACUUUUAGUUGAAAAAGAUGCUUGCGAUGAGGAGAAGAUUGAAAUCCAUGGUGCAGAGAUUCCAAAGCGAUCCUCAAGGGGGGUUGUAUGUAUGUCCCUCACAGCCAUACUGCUGGCUAUCGUGGGAUUCACCAGCGGUCUGAUAUUAUGCCGUCAAAUGUUAAAGACUAACAUACGCCGUCACCAAGGCUGGUGUUCUAUCGUCGUCCCAAAUGAUAUUAGAGAAUUGGAAAAUAACAAUAUGCUUGAGCCCGACUUCCGCGUGCUCCCUCUCCAAUGGUCUCACAACGUGCACAUCAUCAGCUCCGCCGACGAGGUCUCCAGCGACGAGCUGGUGAACAUUCUGCGCGAGGAGCUGAACAUCGGGGACACGGUCGAGAAGAUAUCCGUCGUGAAUAAUGGCCACCGAGUCGACUUUAUACAUGACUUCAGCGACAAUACUACUGGCAUAAUCGACGACGAGCGUUGCUUCGUGAUGGAGCUGGAGCCGGACGUGGUGCUGUCGCCCGACGCCUUCCUGUCGGGCCUGCAGCGCGGCCGCGCCUUCGACGUGUCGCGCGUGCGCAGCCACCUGCGCGCCGCCCUGCCCGCCCUCGGCGCGCCGCCCGCCCUCGGCGCGCCGCCCGCCCUCGGCGCGCCGCCCCCGGCGGCCGGCGAGCUGGCCGCCAGGUGCUUCUCGCGGCCCAUCUACCGGCUGUAUAGUGAUGAUGGGAUUAUAGUGCAGAAGCGCGCGGCGGACGCGGGCGCGGCGGAGGCGGGCGAGUACGUGCAGUUCGCGGGCCGCCACGUGCAGGAGAUACGCAUCGCCAACCUGCCCGAGCUGCUGCGCCACGAGGCCGCGCGCCGCCGC